AUGACCGCAAUAACCGUGGGCGUUAUCGGUGCAACCGGUAACGCAGGCCAGACUGUGGUAAAUGGUCUGCUAUCUUCACCAGUGGCUUUCACCGUCACAUCUUUCACCCGAGAGUCCUCUGUCAAUAGCCAGGAAAACCAAAGGCUCAAAGCAAAGGGUGUUUGUAUUGUCGGCUACGAUCUAAGCGGUCCCCGCCAGAAGCUUGUUGACCAGUUAAAGAAUAUCAAUGUUCUUAUCUCCUGUAUAACCUGGGAACAUCUGGACUUGCAGCUUCCUUGGAUUGAAGCAGCAAAGGAGGCUGGAGUGAAACGUUUCGUUCCUUCGGAAUGGGUGGGACCAUGCCCUAGAGGUGUCCACUGGAUCAAAGACCAUAAACUUGAAAUCCUCGGCGCAAUCCAACGGGCUCGUCUACCCUAUACUAUUAUCGAUGCCGGCUGCUGGUAUUCCGUUUUUGUUCCUAAGGAUGGAAAUCAGAAAUUUGCCUUGACUGAUAUAGAGGAUGUUGGCAAGUAUGUUGCGCAGAUUGUGGCGGACCCUAGAACUAUCAACAAGCACGUGUUUGCAUACACCGAGGUGCUUAGUAUGAAUGAAAUCUGGGAUACUAUGGCCAGAGUCACGGGCGAAAAACCAGAGAAGGAAUAUGUGUCUGUGGCGGAAAUACACGAGAUCAUUGAGGCUUGCCGAGAGAGACUGGAGAAAAGUCCCCAUAAAAUGACCCAUCCAGAUAAUAUUAUGGAUUGUGCCAAUUAUAACAUGGGCGAGUAUCGCAUCUCCUGGUGUGUACGAGGCGAUAACACACCCGAGCAUGCAGAAUACCUCGGGUAUCUGGAUUUCUGGAAGCUGUUCCCAAGUUUUCAGAAGGGCACGAGUCUCGAGUCGUUCUUUCAGAGUGUUGUCAAUGGGGAGAUCGGCUCAACCACGUACGACCCCGAUCAGUAA